AAUGUGGAUGCCAUAAGCCCAGAAAAUAAGGUUCUAAUAGCAUUAGCAUUUUUUGCUACUGGCUCAUAUCAGACCAUAACUGGCCAAUGUAGGGUCCAUGGAGUUUCGCAGCCGACCGUGUCACGGGCUAUUAAGGAGGUGGUAGGGGUUUUAAAUGUUCCUGAUAUUAUAAAUAAAUAUAUUGUGUUCCCUUUGACUCAAGCUGGCCGGGAACAACUAAAGACCCAGUUUUAUUCAAAAUUCAAUAUCCCAGGAGUUGUGGGAUGCAUAGAUGGGACCCAUGUCUCAAUAAUUAAACCCACUGCAAAUGAAAGGAAGUUUGUGAAUAGGAAGGGUUAUCACUCCUUGAAUGUACAAAUUAUUUGUGAUGUGAAUCUCAAUAUAAUGAGUGUGGAUGCCAGCCACCCUGGCUCAACACAUGAUAGUGUUAUCUGGGGUCAACAUCCUCUAAAUAAUUACAUACAGAGGCAAUUGGCCUUGGGUGAAAAUUUUUUAGGAGAUUCAGGCUAUGCUUUAAGACCAAGCAUGAUGACGCCAAUAUUAAAUGCUCUACCUGACACGCCCGAAGAGCACUACUACAACCUUCAUGACACAGCUAGAAAUACUGUAGAGCGAUGUAUUGGAGUUCUAAAAGCUCGUUUUAGAUGCCUGUUAUCUGCUCGUCAACUUCACUACGAUACCAUCUCAGCCGCGCGCAUAGUGAAUGCAUGUUGUGUUUUACACAAUAUAGCAAACAAGGCACGCUUGAAUGUCCAUCCAUUGAACAAUGACGAAAUAGCAGCUGAACUUGCUGCUAAUGUUGAGGUGCGCAGGCUUGAAGCAAGGACUGACAGCAACAGGAAUCAAAAUCAGGAACUUUUAGAAGGCAGGGCAGUCCAACAAUCGCUCGUGAACCGUCUGUGUAAAGAGAAACAAAGACGUUAAUUAAAAACCUAAUUGGUAGUGUACUCACCUGACAAUAAUUUUAUUAAAUUUUAUCAUCAUCAUAAUAUUUACCUUUCAUUAUGCCCUCUAGUUACUACUAAUGGUCACUCUCAUCACUCGAAUCAAUUCUAGGUCUCUGAAAAAAAAGUUAUGAUUAAAAAAACUGGGAACGUGCCCGAUGAUAUAUUAUAAUUAAAAUAAAAUCAAAGUAUAUGUAAAGGCAGUUAUAUAUUAUACCAAAAAAGAUUCUUACUUUUUGAGUAUGACGCCCAUGCUGUAGUGUAGAUGAGCCUGCAGGAUCAAAUGUAGAUGACACUGCAUCUGCUAGCUUGUUUAUAG